CGAUGACGCUGACACUCGAUCCAAUAUAUUGUUUAUGUCAAUCAUGCACCCCGUCAACAACAACAUAAUGGUCGUCAAGUAGUCCUUUCGUCGUCUCGCCGACGACGCUGUCGGUAACUACAACUCAUAUCAUCAUGAACAGCCCUUCGAAGCGGCGGAAGAAGAACGACUCGAAGCCCGCCGCGGUCCAACACCGCAGCCUCGACUUCUUCUUUCGCAAACCGACUGACCAGACAACGAAGACUGCCAACAGCGCUUUGCCGAAUGGGGACCCGAUAGUCAAAGACCAGUCAUUCCUUGAAGGCGAUCAGAGCACCUCCGAGAAAGCCCUAUCAGACGAAGAGUUGGCUCGAAGACUACAAGAAGAAUGGGCCCGGGAGGACGAACAAGAAUCCAACGGCCAUGUACCGUCCAGCCGUGCUGAGGAUACCAAGCACAAGGCGGAAGACGAUGUGAAAGACUUUGUCGCGGCUGCGCUUGAAGAGCCUGAUCCUGUCGCGGAGGCACAACCGAACCGUACUGUGUGGCAGAAGAAUGUCCUCGGUCUCCAAUCCACGGCAUCGGAGGAAGAUACAACCACAUUGACCAUACCAUUUGACCAAAGUCCGCUGACGUUCGAACCGGGCAAAUAUGUGUCUGAGCUGAGACGACACUGGUCAGCAGAUGGAGGCGACGCAUCUUAUGCAUUACUAACAAGAUGCUUUGUCCUCGUCAACUCGACGCAGAGUCGAAUCAAGAUCGUCGACACGCUGGUCAACUGUCUCAGGACCCUCAUCGAAGCCGACCCAGACAGUCUGCUCCCAGCGGUCUGGCUUGCGACCAACUCGAUCUCGCCACCAUACAUUUCUCUAGAACUCGGCCUGGGCGGAUCAGCAAUAUCGAAAGCCCUGAAGAAGGUGUGCGGGCUCGACAAUGCCGGGCUGAAGAACCUCUACGACAAGCACGGAGACGCAGGAGACGUGGCGUUCGAAGCGAAAAAGAGACAGAGUUUCACACUGCGGAAACCAAAGCCUCUCACCAUCAAGGGGGCAUAUCAGACACUGGUCAAGAUCGCAAACAGCAAAGGCCAUGGGAGCGUGGAGCAGAAACAGCGGCUUGUAGAACGGCUGCUGCAAGACGCCCGCGGGCCCGAAGAAAGUCGAUAUAUUGUCCGGACACUGGUGCAGCACUUGCGCAUUGGCGCCGUCAAGACGACCAUGCUGAUCGCACUGGCACGAGCGUUCCAACUAUCUCGUCCAGCAGGCGCAGACUUCCCCGUUCGAAACGCCGCCGACCUGGCCACCCUUAAAAAAGACGAGUUGGCCACAGUCUGGGCGAAAGCCGAGGAAGUCGUCAAGACGUGCUUCGCCCGGCGUCCGAACUACAACGACCUUGUCCCUGGUCUGCUGGAAGUCGGUGUGUCUGACGAACUACUCGCCCGCUGCGGCCUGGCACUACAUAUCCCUCUGCGCCCCAUGCUGGGCAGCAUCACCCGCGACCUCAGCGAAAUGCUGACAAAGCUACAAGGGCGCGACUUCAGCUGCGAGUUCAAAUACGACGGCCAACGCGCCCAAGUCCACUGUGACGAGCGGGGCAAAGUGUCCAUCUUCUCUCGCCACCUGGAAGUCAUGACAGACAAGUAUCCAGACCUGGUCGCUCUGGUACCCGAAAUACGAGGCGACGGCGUGUCGAGCUUCAUCCUGGAAGGUGAAGUAGUCGCCGUGGACCGAAACUCCGGUGAACUCAAGACCUUCCAGACCCUCACCAACCGCGCCAAAAAGGACGUCGACAUCGGAUCUAUCCAGAUCGACGUGUGUCUAUUUGCUUUUGACCUAAUGUACCUCAACGGCGAACAGCUCCUAGACCGACCAUUUCGCGAACGCCGCGCGCUAUUACGCAGCAUGUUUGUGGAAAAGGAACACCACUUCACCUGGGUCCAAAGCAUCGACGCGACCUCGGCCGAUUCGGAGACUGUGCUUGAAUUUUUCAAAUCUGCAACAGACAUCAAAUGCGAGGGCAUCAUGGUCAAAGUGCUGGACAAUCUGCCUGCCCAGAAUCCUGUCCUUGACGCAAAUGAACCAGAAGAAGCAGAUCCAACUAUCCCGGUGACUCCAAGCAAAAAGGGUAGUAAAAAGUCAGAUGGAGACAAAACUUCUACUACGCGCCGAAAAGCCCUUCUCGCCACCUACGAGCCCGACAAACGACUCGACUCAUGGCUCAAAGUGAAAAAAGACUACGCCACCUCCGCCGACACGAUCGAUUUAGUGCCUGUGGCAGGCUGGCACGGCCAAGGCCGAAAAGCGAAAUGGUGGUCCCCCAUCUUGUUGGCGUGUCGGAACCCCGAAACCGGUUCUCUUGAGGUCGUGACGAAAUGCAUCUCGGGAUUCACCGAUAAAUUCUACCAGGCCAACAAGGAAAAAUACGCCCAGGGCGGAGAUAAUGUCCUCGGUCGUAAACCGGCUUAUAUCGAGUACUCUGGUCCGGAGCCGGAUGUCUGGUUCGAGCCCCAGGAGGUCUGGGAGAUGGCGUUUGCGGAUAUCACGCUUAGUCCGACGUAUACGGCGGCCAUUGGACUUGUGAAUGAAGACCGCGGACUGAGUAUGCGGUUCCCGAGGUUUUUGAAGGUUAGGGAGGAUAAAGGGAUUGAGGAGGCGAGUACGAACGAGUUUCUGGCGAGUUUGUAUCGGAAGCAAGAGGCUAGAAUUAGGGAGGCGGGCGGACAAAGUAGUAAUGGUGUGAGUGGUGUGAAUGGUGGUGGAUUGGAGGAGGGUGAUGGAGACUUUGAUGAAUAGGUACUUCGUUUGUUGGUUAGUGCAUGAAUCCAUAAUCUGGCCAGUCUGUGUCCUGCGAAUAGGCCAUUCAAAGGGGUUCAGUGCUUGGUAUAUGCGUCCUGAGAUUUCUGUCUUGAUGUUCUCUCUAUUUUUUCCCUCUUCGAGAAUCCGAGAUUCCCACAGGGCCCACAUGGUGAUGAUCUGAGAUCUUGUCGUUCCUGUAACUGUGAUUUUGUCCUGUACGUUGUAGGCAGCUGUUCAAUCCCAACACAAUCUCUGACUCAAGGUCAGAUGUAUCAGCCAGCCCAACUCUGAAGUCGGCGGGGAGAAGUUCUGGCCAUUGAACAUGAUCUGUUAAAUCUGUUCAAGAAUGUCAUCCACAAUAUGUCCGUGUUGUGAUUCUUUAGGCACUCCGAUACAAACCCCUUCACGAAUCACAUGAAGAAUCAUGACAUAACCUUGGUACAAUCAAGGUAGAGUUCUGACGGGGUCACGGUCAAUAUUUGAUGUAGCGAGAACGCACCAAAGUAUCUGCGUCAAAAAUCGAACCACAAAUCUCGUUCAGAAUUCCGCCAACACCAUUUCUUCAACUACCUAGCCCUUGCCAGGUUUUUCAGGUAAACCAAUCCAAUCAUCACCAGAAGUAUUGAAUCAGGGCGAUGAGACAAGCAUCAAAAAGUAAGUAAAAAGGGAAACAGCACACAACAAUGAUGAGCAUCAAGGCAAGCCAAGACAACAGUAGCACUAUUAGGCUGAGGUUUCUCCUCCAAACUCUGCUCAAGGCAGAAGAGUGAUGGAAAAACACAAACAGAAAGAAAACAGAACAGAACAAAGCACACAGAACAAGAAAAGAGAAUUGGCUACUGGGAGCUACAGCUACAGCACUUGGCACGAGACGAUGGCAAUGGGAAACUACAGCACUGGGCACGCGAGCACUGCAAACAAGGGUACUUGGCGUAAGAUGGGAGCACUGGGCACGAGAACGCGAGUAAGGCGAUUGGGAACUACAGUAGUGAGAAUCAACAACAAUGGACAUGAGAAACAGAGCUGAAAGAGGGCAAAGAACACUGGAAGAGCGAAAAAGCGAACAGGCACUGGGCAUGAGAAGAGGACACCCGAAACGAAGAAGACUGCAAAAGAAGAACAUUGGAAAAGAAGAACACUGGAAAAGAAAACAUUGGAAAAGGAAAACACUGGAAAAGAAGACACUGGAAGAGCGGAAAGGACUGUGGGACAAGCGAAGGGGCACUGGCCAAGAAAGAACGCGCUCUGGCGAUGAUCAAGUGGAGAUGAAAAAGGGUGUGGGAAACUACAGCGCUGGGAACAGACGAGCACAUUAGAUAAGAGGACACUUCAAGAGCGAAAGAGAACACUGGAAGAGAGAGAGACAACACUGGAAAAGAGAGACAACACUGGAAAAGAGAGACAACCCUGGAAAAGAGAGACAUCACUGGAAGAGCGAAAAGACAACUGCAUAAGGGAGAGAACACCGGGCACGCGAGCACUGGACCCACGAGAGACCACUGGAAAUUGGACGAGAACAUGGAACACUGGAGAAGAUCAAGUGGGGAAGGGACAGAUAUGGGAACUACAACGCUGAGAACUGGAGAAAUUGGGCACGAGAUGAGAAGACUGGGCGCGAGAGAGAACAUUGGCAAAGGAGAACAACACUGGAAAGAGGAACAA